GUCAAAAAUUAGAGAGGCAAUAAUAAUAAGAUCAUUAUUAUUAUAAAUUACGAGUCACAGUUUAAUAAAAUAAAAUGAUCGAUUAUUAAUAUAAUUGUAAUAGAUAUUAAUACAUUUAAUUGAAUUACAAUCAAACAUUUAUUCAAAGAAAACAAUAAUAAAUUCAAAAUUGAUUCUUUAUUGUACAGUGAUGAUAGGUUUUAAUUUUUUACGCAUUUUUCAUUAAUGAAAGAUAAAUGAAUGGAGCUAAUGAUUAUUAAUAAGAAAAAAAUGACGAAUUGUUAAGUCUACAAGGAAUAAACGGUAAAUUACUUAAAUGGAUGCUUACGGUACAACAAUUAUAGUAAAGGAAGAGAUAUUGGAAGAUGAAAGUGAUAGCGAGUAUUUUGCAAAUAUUGAUACAUAUUUCAAUUUUUCUAAUACAAACGAAAGAAUUCAUAAAAUAUGUCAGAAGAGAUCAAUUAAUAAUGACGAAGAAGAUGAAGGUGAGCGUUCAAGCGCGAAAAGAAAAAAAACCACUAAAAAUGGGAUUAAAUUAAGAAACGAUGGCCCUAACGAUUCGGAUUCUCAUACAUUAAGUUCAUUUAAAGAUAAUACAAAGAAAAAGAAAAAAAUAUCUUAUUCGUUUACUGUUGAAAGAUUAAAUAAUAAUUCUGAUGAGAUUGAUGAAUCCACAAUUGGCAUGGAAGAAGAAGCUUUAUUGAAGAUAAAUAAGAAGAAAUUAAAAAAUUUGGAUAUUAAAUUGAUACAUAAUGUACCAGGACAACACAUGAUAGGAAAUUAUUCUGGUUCUCGUGGGCUGAAGGAAUAUGAAAAAAGAUUAUUUGAAACUUAUGGACCACUUCGUAGAGGACAUUUUUCUGUAGAAGAAGAUAAAAUCAUUAAAAGGAAUUGGAAGAAAUUUUGCGAACUUCACAAUUGGGAAGAAGAUAAUGUCGAACCAUUCAUAUCGGCAAAACAUAGCAGACAAUUUUAUAUUCCUUGUCGUAUAGAGCGACAAAAAUUUGUUCAAUUUCUAGCUAACGGAUUACCUUGGAGAUGUUUGUUUAGCGUUAAUACACGAUUCAAAAUGUUAUUUCAAAACCGUACUAAUCAAAGAUAUACUUCGAAUGAAGAUAAAUUAAUAUUAGAUUAUGUAAAGAAACACGAGGACAGUCUAGAAAAAAGUAAAAUUUUCUUAAAUUUAGCGAAUACAUUGAAUCGUACGAGGCUCUCAGUUUGGUCGCAUUACGACAUCGUUUUAAAAAACCGUAAUAUUCAAGAGGAAGAAAAUAUUUCUAAAUCAAAGCCCGUAUGGACGUUAUCAUUAAUUACAAAAUAUGUAAAUGAAUUGCUUCAAAUAACGAAAUGUGACUGCAUAGAAGAAUUAAAAAAUGCUAUUAUACCAAGAAUAAUUUGGAUUAAAUUAGGAAAUAAAUUAAAUAUAAGUUAUAAAAGGUUGAAAUACUUUUGGGCAGCUCAAUUGCAUAUGCAGCUAUUCUGUCCAAAAAUUAUUUAUGUAAAUGAUAUUAAAAUACAAUUAAUAGAAUACAUGUAUGUAAAAGGAAUAACAAGUAGAAGAGAAAUAAUAUGGUCAAAUAUUUUAAAAUAUUUUGACGGAAUGACUUCUUAUUUUCUAAAUCAAAUAUUAUCCUCUCUUAUGAUGGAAUCGGAUGUAAAAGAACGCAAAAAGAUGAGUUUUUUAGAUGCUAUAGAAUAUUUAUAUGAAAAGAAAAUACCAGAAAUAGAGAAUGAUAAAUUAGACAAGUAUUUACCUCGAAUCAUAUAUACUAUCAACGAGAGCACGUAGAUGUGAUUUUGAAGUCACGUCUAUAUAAGAAUAAAAUUACAAAUUUAUUUUAAUAAAUUAAAAUCAAGCAGUUUAACUUCAACUACUAUAAAGUUGAAAAAAUGAGAUAUUUAUUUAAAAAAUCAUGACAUCAAAUUAAUCGUUAUCAUACAGUAAUUCGUAUUAUAAUAUAUUUAUCAAUUUUAUGCUUUAUUUUUUUUCGAUUCUUUCUCCAGUGCCUUCUCUUUUGCUCUUUGAUAAAGAGGAAUAAGUUUUCCUUCUUUGGCAAGUAUUUUAAGUAAUUCCAUAAUAAGAGGAAGAUAAUUGUGCUUUCUUCGAAUA